CUCCCUUCUAUUGCAAACCCUCCCCCAUGUGUCUGUUUUCCUCUCGGUUACUUGCCCUUCAUCCUGUGAAGUUUGCAAUGGACUCGGUGCCUGUUUGUGCCCGUUUAGAUAAGGAUAUUGGUGGUUUGCUGUGGGGGAUCUUUUUAGAGCCACUGACUCACAGACAAUGGUGGGGACCCUGAACCAGAUGCAGCAAAGUUCACAAGAUGACAAAGAGGAAGUUCUAGAUGAGAAGCUACAUAACAAAAUGGACAUGCAGUAUAUGAAAGACUUCCAAGUCAGGAGGCCAGUACCUGUGAAGCUGCGGCAGAAGAGUUCUUUACAGGAAAUGUUGUCAGCAAAAAGGCAGACGCAAAUCAAACAUGUUCUUGAAGAUACAAACGGGGCACAAGGAAAUCUGGAAUUGCUUAUGCGCCCGACAGACAAAAGAGCAUGUCAGGAAGGAGAGCUACAUGAGAAAACUCAUAUUCGGGAAAAGAAGUUAGAGACAUUAGUUCUGCCAGAGUGGAUACAGAUACUGAGCAAGAAGCAGAACUUGCAAGACGCAAGCAGUCAGCAGGAGAAGCUAGACAAGAAGGAUAAAGAGCAAGGAGGCGUGUGCAGGAAGCUUCAGCAGGUUCAACGGCAUGCGGAGGAGAUCAGCAGUCUUCAGAUAGAGCAGGGUGGAACAGAUUUAGAGAAACACAGGGACCUCCUGGUGUCAGAGAAUGAGCGUUUAAAGCAGGAACUACAGAUUUUGAGGAAUCGUAUUGAAUGUGAAAAUAAUCAGGAAUUGAAGGCCUUAAAGCAGCGACUGUGUGACCUGGAACAAGAGGAGGGUGAGCGGAAGCUACUGAUCUCUGCUUUGCAGAGGGAAGUGCAGCAGAAGUCUGAGCGUUUGGCGGAGGCUGAGCUGCGUUUGAGGGACUCUGUAAGGGAGAAGGUGGAAGAAGAGGAACGACUGAGCCGUAUAAUACGAGAGCACCAACUUUCCCAGCAACCCCAGAUAAAGUAUGUGGUGAAAACAGUAGAAGUGGAGUCUGAGAAGAUGAAGUCUGCUCUCAGUCAGGCUCAGAACCACAGCCGGUACCUGCAGGAACAGAUUGAUAUUCAACGUCAGGCUCUGCAGGAGAUACAGGAACAACUCCAGAGGGAACAAAAGGAUGCUGCACAUCUCCGGCAACAGGUUGAACUCUAUGAGCAGGAGUUGGAUCAGUCUCAGGCCCAGAUGGUGCAGGAGUAUCAGUCUCUGCAGGAAGAGAAAGAACAAGCAGUUGCUGAUGCCUUCAAAAGAGCACAAGAGGAGAUGAGAGCUGUGCACUAUAGUCUGGAUGGUGUGCGUAAGAACCUCCUUACUCUGCAGCCUGCUCUUCGAACUCUAACCUAUGAUUACAACGCACUCAAGCGUCAAGUACGAGAAUUUCCUGUUAUGCUGCAUGAAGCCAUGAGUGACGCACACAAGGAGUUUGCACUGGCUGUUCAAAGUGUUCGAGAUACAAAUACAGAACUUUUGAGAAAAUAUCAAAGAGAACUUCAGCUACGCAAAGAGUGUCACAAUCAAUUGGUUCGGCUCCGAGGCAAUAUACGUGUCCUUGCUCGAGUCAGGCCGAUCACUCCAGAGGAUGGAGGGGGGGCAGGAGCACAGAAUGUGGUAAACUUUGACCAUGAUGAUGAUGGUAUUUUGUACGUCACCCACAAAGGGAAGGAUCUCAGCUUUGAACUUGAUAGAGUCUUCACCCCACAUGCAACACAGGAAGAGGUAUUCCGGGAGGUUUCACCACUCAUCACUUCAUGUCUGGACGGUUACAGUGUCUGUAUUUUAGCUUAUGGGCAGACUGGCUCUGGGAAAACGUACAGCAUGGAGGGCAUUUCUUCAGACCCUGGUAUUAACCAGCGAGCCCUGCAACUUCUUCUGGCGAACGUGAAAGAGCGAUCCAGUGCCUGGGAGCACCAGAUGAGCGUUAGCAUGGUUGAGAUUUACAAUGAAUCCCUACGCGACCUGCUGGGCACAGACCCUCAAAGCUCUCUGGACAUAAAGAUCUCCCCAGGGAGUGGAGGGGAGCUGUAUGUUCCUGGCCUGACCCAGAAGAGUGUACAGAGCAUGCAAGAUAUCAAUAAGAUCUUAGAUAUGGGCCACAAGCAGCGCGCCACAGAUAACACAAAUCUCAAUGCCCACAGCUCGCGUUCUCACGCCAUGCUUAUCCUUACAGCUAAAGGCAGAGAAACUAGCACUGGCAUUUGUACGACAGGUAAACUUUACCUAGUGGAUCUAGCUGGAUCAGAAAGGGUGUCACGCUCAGGGGCAGCUGGUGAUCGCCUGCGUGAGGCUCAGUGCAUUAACCGGUCACUGUCUGCUCUGGGCGACGUGUUCUCAGCUUUGCGAUCACAGCAGGGACAUGUUCCUUAUCGUAAUUCCAAGCUCACAUAUCUGCUACAAGAGCCUCUGAGCCGUGAUGGGAAGGCUCUGCUACUUCUACAGGUUUCCCCGGCUGAGAAGAAUGUGAAUGAGUCCCUCUGCUCACUGAGGUUUGGAGAUAGGGUGCGGGCAGUAGAGUUGGGUGCACCUGCAAGAAAAAUCGACGUUUCAUCCCCUUCCAAUGCAGAGAGUGAAAAUGCAUCACCGCGUAACUCCAAAAGCACUUCUAUUCGAAGAAAACCCACAAGCUCGGUCCGUCAUCGUAUAGGACCGCCGUGAAAAGAGAUAAGUUAGGAUUCGCAAUCACAGAAGAUUUUGUCUCAACUAACAAAGGUUUGUUGGCCUUGACAAUCUACUCUUCAGAAAUCAGAGCCACUUUACCGCUUCUCAUCUUGUCAUGGAAUUACAGUUUCUGAGAAGUUGGAAACCACAGCUGGUGUUCCUGGGGGAGUGUGGCAAACAGGAGUCCAUGUCUAAUGCACCUUACCUUUCUCAAUUGCAGGUCCCAACAGUGACUCAUGUUUAAGCACAAUUGCUUAUAAAUAUAGAUCAAUAUAAAUAUAUACAUUUUAUUUCUGUAAUAAUAUAUUUAUAGAUUAUAUGUACUAUUUCAUAAAAAAUAUUUUAUAAGAA